AUGUCUUCAUUAUUACUAAAUUUUAAUUUAAGUGCAAAUCGUUCAUUGUUGGAUUCGUUAAUUUCGAGUCCAGUGAAAAAAACAGAGCAUGUUACUGGCGAACGGCAAGUGCAAGUAUUUAUGAAGCAACUUUUGCAUGCACUGAAAUGCAUGCACGACAAGAAAAUCGCUCAUUUAGAUAUUAGGCCUGAAGUGAUUCUAUUACAAGAUGAUCAUCUUCGAUUGGCUGAUUUCGGUCAAAGCAGGCGGUUGAUACGGGGUAAAGUAAUUGCUAAUAUAAUGGGCAGUCCAGAAUUUGUUUCACCGGAAAUUGCGGCUGGUACUCCGGUUACUCUUGCUUCCGAUUUGUGGAGUGUUGGUACUCUCACUUAUGUUUUACUUUCCGGUAUUUCACCGUUCCUUGGUGACAGUGAUAAUGAAACGGUGCGUAAUGUUAUGUUAGGCAAGUAUAGAUUUGAUAUUGAGGAAUUCGAUCAAAUUUCCAGUAAUGCUAAGGAUUUCGUUUCAAAAUUACUAGUUCUUGAUCCACGUGGUCGUCUAAAUAUUGACCAAGCACUGCGUCAUCCAUGGCUUUCAGAAGAAUUCUUGGAAAAUGCUCCAAUUACAUCGGAAUGUUUACGAGAAUUUAAAUAUAAGCAUAAAUGGCUGGAAAGACGAGUAUUCGUUCAGCAAACUCCAACCGAUCAAUUAAUGAGCACUGUUCAGACUCCUAAUGUAAAUUUGAUUGGUUCAAAUUUGCCGCAGCGUGUACAAGGAUUAGCUCGUUGUAAGCCCAAUGAUAUUUAUGAUUAUUUACAAAUCAAAGAUCGUGUUUCACCACGUGAUGUUGUUUAUGAAAAUGUUUCAAAACGACAUUUGCAACCACAGGAAAAGGGUGAAACGCCAUCACAAAGAUUACUGCAACAGAAGCCUCGUACUUCAACGGAUUUUUUCGAUGAUACGAUGUUGCCGUUGCAGCUCGUUCACGGAGAGCAUCGUGAAAUUGAAGAAGAAAUUGCAAAUCGAAUUUUAUCGGAUAUUUCCGAGGAAACAUCGGUAAACGGUUCAGUAGUUUCACAUGAUGAACCGGAAUCAUUGCAUAAAAUAUCUGAGAUACAAAUGAGGCAGAAGAAAAGUCGUAGCAAAUCAUCAACUCCACAAGUGGAAGGGUUUUCAUUGGAUGGUACAUCAAUUCCUUCACCGGGUGGUACAGGAAGUGCUGGUGCAUCACUCCCGGAAUAUUGCUCCAAUACUGAUGUGUAUCGAUAUCCAAUACAGUCAGAUCCAAGCAUUCCGGUUGGUGCACCGCUUUUUCUCGAAGGACUGGAGAAUCAUUCCUUAGUACUCGAUGAUGUACUGUUGGAUACGCGAAGUCCACGUAGUCUACCAUCGUUACCUGGCACAAAAAGUCCUGUACUACUCUCACCGAUAAGAGAAUAUACUAUGGGAGUAGUAAUUGGUACCAAACAAGGAACAAAAGGAGAAAUUACAAUUUCGAAACCGCAACUUCUUGAAGUGGAAAAAAUUCCUGAAAAACAGACGGCCAUUGAGAGAAAGCAUGAAGAUGAAUUUGAAAAUUUAAUGAAUGAAAUUGAGGAGAUGAAGAAAAGAAGAAAGAAAGAACGCGAAGAAAUGGAACGAUUACGUCCAAAGAAUAUAUAUAAUGAGGAUAUCGAAUUCAAAAAACCGGAUAUCGAUGAUGAUGAAUUCCCGUGGGAAAGUCGAUAUCAGAUUGGUCCCGAAACGCUUUUGCUUGCAACACGUGGUGCAGGCUUUAAUGCACGUGUUCGUGAUUAUCGACGUGAGUUAUGGGGUGAUGGUGCACCAUUGGUAAAUCAAGGAUAUCUCGGUUAUCGUAAUCAAGAUAUUACUGUUAGAGAAAGAAGAAGAUUUACUGAUUUGAUACGUGAAGAUGAAAAUAUUGCAAAAUCAGUGGAAAUUUUGGAACGUGAUAUGCGUGGAUCACAUCUUGGUGCAAUAAGACGUAUUCGCAGUGAUAUCAGUAAAGCAAUACCAGCAGCAACCAGAGAAAAUGGAACUUUUGGUGCUAUUUUCCGAAAUCGAUUAAAAGAUCUACCAUUUAUGGGAAAUGAAUGCACAGUAAUAUUUAAAUGUGCUGUGGUUGGUAAUCCACAACCAAUCAUUGAAUGGUUUUUCAAUGAAAGUCUUAUUGUGGAUGAUCAUAAACAUAAGAUAUUUUAUGAAAAUGGUCAUUGUCAACUAACAAUUCAAAUGAUCGAUAUAACCGAUCUCGGUGAAUACUCAUGCGUUGCAUCAAAUGAACAUGGUGUGGAUAAGACUUCUGCUCGACUAAUUAUCGGAGAUACACCGGCACCACCCGGUCGACCUGAAGUUAAGCUUUCAUCGGAUACUGAAGUAUUUAUUACUUGGGAAGUACCACAAAUGAGUCACGGCCUGGAAUGUUUCAUGUAUAAACUGGAAGUUCGACCAGCAGGUGAAAAUGAUCAUUUCUCGGAGUGGCGUCUUGUUUCGGAUAAAAUAGAAGAUGAGGCAGCAGUUGUGCGACAUUUAACACCACAAGGCAUCUAUCAAUUUCGUGUGACUGCUAAAAAUGAAUUCGGUUGGGGUGCUCCAUCGUUGACCUCUCGAAUCAUACAAACACAUCCAAAAGGUUCACCAAAACUUCAAAUUGAAAAACUUCAAGAGCAAUGUCGUGUAUGUGUCAUUUCAAAACCGCCACAAACACGGUUAAUUUCAAAAUCUAAGAAACUCGGUGAGAUUACGGAGGAAGAGGAUGAAGAAAAAACCGAACUUAUUGCUCCGAUACCUCGCGGUCGAUUCGGUGAAAUUGCAUUUGCCAUUGAUAAAUCUCGAGAAUCAGACGCUGAUUGUAUAGCCAAAAUUCGGAAUGUUAAUGUUGAGGGUGCUAAUGGUACCACUGAAUUUGAAGCUAUGAAAGAGUGUCAGCAAGAAAAUAUUGCCUGUCUAAUUGCUGCUUAUCAGCGAAAUGAAUUAUUAUUUUUGUUUAUGGAACGAUAUCAGGAAGAUAUUUUUGAGCGAUUUACAUAUCGUGAUAGUUAUAACGAGGAGCAAAUAAGUAGAGUAAUUGUACAGAUUGCAUCUGCUCUUCAUUGGAUGCAUUUCAGAGGUUAUGUGCAUAUGGAUGUACAAGCAACAAAUGUUUUAUUCUCGUCUCGACAAUCUUGGCAAAUUAAACUUACCGAUUUUGCAUCAGCACAAAAAAUUAGCAAUGAAAUUAAACAACCGUUAAAACCAAAUCUAUACUGGACUUCACCAGAAAUAUUGCGUACAGAUGAGAAAAAAGUUCCUAUUACAGGCCAAACUGAUAUUUGGAGUCUUGGCGUGAUUACUUUCUGUUUACUAAGUGGAUUCCAUCCAUUUGCUUCGGCUGAUGAUUCGGAUGAUGAAAUUAAGGAAAGUAUAAUUUAUCAGAAAUGUAAUCCAAAUUUAAUCCAAGUACAAGCAACGGAAGAAUCAUUGAAAUUCGUAACCUGGGCGCUAAAGAAAGAUCCAAUGAGACGUAUGCGAACUGAUGAAGCGUUGGCACAUCGUUGGCUCAGCAUGGAUUCUGUAAUGAUACGCCGACGUGAAACAGUCAAUUAUCCAAGUAGCCGACUUCGGAAAACAGCCAUUUUAACGGGCAAUCGUCCAAAAAUAAUCCAUCAUUAA